GCUGUAUUUAGGCGCAAGUUUCGUCGCUGCGGUAUCAGAACGGAGUCUUGUACGCCACUACUGUAACCUAUGAGAACUGUGUAGAAAGUUAUAGCAUACUACAUUAUACUAUACUUUAUUAUAUAUUAUAGAGAUAGUGGAAAAUGGUAUUAUACGGAUAAAUGGUAUUAUACGGAUAGCCGUUACUUUUGUUCAAAACAGUCCUGUGGAAAAGUUUUGAAAGUCAGUUUCGUUCCUUUUUAAGAUACAGCAUGCAUAUAAAUCUAAAUUUUAGUGAACGUAAAAAAUGGUAAAUAGGCUGCAUUUAUAUAGCGCUUUUUUCUACUCUUACGAGUACCCAAAGCGCUUUACAAUUUAUGCCUCGCAUUCACCCAUCCACACACACAUUCACACACUGGUGGCGCCGCCCAUAAACUUCCGUCCAGAAGCUGGUGGUCUAGAAGUGGUGGCCUAGAAGUGGCGGUGGUGCGGCGCUGCAAUUGGACAUUUCUCGCGAGACCACUCAUGAGAUUUAUCGAUUUUUAAAGACGACUCACUGAACCGAUUCUUGCGUGGGAUUGCGGAGUGCAAACGAACUACCGUGACAUGGUUUACACGAUCCGCGUUGCCACUUUAGAAGACUGCAAGGACAUUUACCGGAUGAUCAUGGUGAGCCGAUGUGGGGAUAGGCGUGUCGCGCAGGGUGGCACGUGUUCCGUCUGCGCACGGAGGACUCAUGGCCACAGCGAGUUGGCCAAACAUGAAAAGGUUUCUGACCAAGUGAAAAUUGCUCAGAGAGACCUUGAACAGGAUGGUUUCUCUAAAAACCCCUUCUUCCAGUCCAUCAUCGCUGAGGUUCCUGAGCAGCACAGGAGCAAAGAUGGACAUUCCAAGGUGGGAUAUGCCCUGUAUUUCUUUGCCUACAGUUCAUGGAAAGGACGGUCUGUGUACAUGGAGGAUCUGUAUGUGAUGCCUGAGUAUCGAGGAAAGGGCAUUGGCAAGGCACUUAUGAGUAAAAUCGCUCAGCUGGGUUUGGCAGCCGGAUGCAAUCAGCUGAAUUUUGCAGUCCUGAAUUGGAACAAAGAAUCCAUGGACUUCUACCUAAGCCAAGGGUGCUGGGAUGUGACCACUGGCCUGGACUAUCACUGCAUGCGCUGUGAGGGGCCCGCGCUGGAGGCCCUGGCACGGGGAGACCCGAAAAAUUGAGGGAACCAUCUCACCCGGCACCCACAUUUUACAGGCACAGAAGAACGUGAGGCAGGGAUGAAAAAAUGCCCAUGCAAAGCAUGCAGGCUAUUUUUAAGCACUUCUGCUUUGUCCUGUGACAUCUUUACAUGAUAAAGCACCGUUUUUAAUAGGUGAUAACCCAAAACUGAAACUAAAUAUUAAUGUUUCACUUUAGUCUUAUUUGGCUGGUAAGAAACAUUAAAAUGCACCAAUGUAUUCUCAUAGGUUUCAAAGUAUUGCACAUAUUCUGUGCUUAAGGUAUUAGGUAUUAAAUUAAGUGCAUAAUUGAAGAAAUGUCACAGAGAUCAACAAAUUUAAGUGUUAGAUUUAACUUGAGAAGAUGCAUCAUAGAUGUGAAUUUGAUAUUAUGUAGGAAGAGUUUUGAGUAUGAGGUAAUCGUAAUUGCACUUAAGCCAACAUGGACAUCCUAGCAGAUACUUGGUCGCUGUAUACUGUUUACGGGAUACUGUGAUGAAGUGCAUGUCCUUUCCAUUAGGUUUAAAACCUAAUUUAAAAAAUAGAAAGUUAAGUUUAA